AUGACUUUGAAAGAGAUAAGAACUUUUCGGAAAUACGCACUACUGUCCACUUUCUUGAUUCAGAGAAACUCGAGCGUUAGCAGCCACAGGCGAUUGUUUCGUUUCAUACGGAAGAGCAUAUCGUUGAAGCUGGCGAUUGAUAAUAGAGAUACCGCGGUUAAUGAAAUCAAGCCCAAGAACAGGGGAAUCAUGGGAGCUGAUGAGGAGGAGAAGCGAUGGCCGCCAUGGCUGAAGCCAUUGUUGAAGGAACACUUCUUUGUUCAGUGCAAACUUCAUGCUGAUUCUCACAAGGGCGAGUGCAAUAUGUACUGUUUGGAUUGUAUGAACGGCCCUCUGUGUUCGCUAUGUUUGGCUCAUCACAAGGACCACCGUGCAAUUCAGAUAAGGAGGUCAUCAUACCAUGACGUUAUCAGAGUUUCUGAAAUCCAGAAGUAUUUGGACAUAAGCUCGGUCCAAACAUACAUUAUCAACAGCGCUAAGGUCGUCUUCUUGAACGAGAGGCCACAACCGAGGCCCGGUAAAGGCGUCACCAACACAUGCCAAGUAUGCGACCGUAGCCUCCUCGAUUCCUUCAGAUUCUGCUCACUUGGCUGCAAGAUGGUUGGAACAUCACCAAAUUUCCAAAAGAUGAAGAAGCAAUCACCGGAGAAGAAGAGGGCGGCAUCAGCAUUGGAGUCAGAAGACUCGUACAGUAGCAGCAGCAGCAGCCAUGGACGGAGUAGCACCAAGUUCCCCAGCUUCACCCCGUCGACUCCUCCUCGAACCGCCGUCAACCACCGCACUGCAAAACGAAGAAAGGGUAUUCCCCAUAGAGCACCCAUGGGAGGGCUUACCUUAGAAAUAUAGAAUUACCUUCAUAUUUGACUAUAAUUCCCUCUCUUUUCCAUAGGGAGUUACUGCAUUGUAUAUGUACAUAUAAAAUAUAUAAUAUAAAGAAAGUGUAAUAUAGAAUGUGAAAUACAGGAGUGCAGAAAUAAGACAAUGUAGAAACAGUGAAGCUACUGAAGUUAGUGUGAACAUAUAAAUAGUACAAUAAAGCUUGUUUUUCCAUCA